GUGGAUGGAAAGAAGGUUUCUCUGGAAUCUUCGAGCCGUGGUAGUUAACGCUAACGAGCGCAGCGUAGCGAAAAAAGUCAAGUUCUUAUGCUUUGCUUUGGGCCCAAUCCCACCCAAAGCCAAAGCCAUAGCCAUUGCCAUAGCCAUUGCCAUAGCCAAAGCUUUCCCUCUCUAACAGAAAUUUUUAUAUUGUAUAGCCCUUCCCUCUCUCCUCCUCCUUCCGUCUUCCUCAUUUUCAUUCUCCGCGUCUCGCUCCAGUUGUUGCUGAUUCCUGAUUCUUCUCCGUCGCGUCGUUGCGUUUUCUGGCGAUUUUCUGUGUGAUUGAUUGCUCUUGUUGCUGCGUUUGAAAUUCAUAUUGAACUGUCUUUGUCAAGGUGUAAUGAGGUAGAGAAGAAGUUAAAGAAUUUGGAGACAUUGGGGCUAUAUUGUUUCUUUUGACUCUGUAGCAUGCUGUAACCCAAGAUUGAAACGAGAAAUCAUGUCGCUAAAGUCAUACCAAAACCAGGCUGAGCAGCUACUUAAGUAUCUUGUACUAUCAGAUCCUAUUGUACCAUACAUUUCCAUUCCUGCAGGCAUACUUGCUAGCAAACUGGUCCAUGAUCUGACUGAUUCGAUCAGUGCUGUUUACUUCAAGAGCUAUUCUAACCUUUCUAGGAUUCAGCGUGUUGAGUGGAACAACCGGGCAAUGUCAACUCUCCACGCCAUUUUCAUUACAGCAGCAGCACUGUACUUGGUUUUUUUGUCGGACCUCUAUUCUGACCAACAUUUUGGCCUUAUUACCUUCCGUAGUUCAACAAUAUCUACAUUUGCCCUGGGAGUUUCUGUCGGUUACUUCAUAACUGAUCUUGUGAUGAUCUUUUGGUUUUAUCCUGCACUAGGUGGAAUGGAGUAUGUGAUACAUCAUCUUCUUUCUCUCAUAGCUGUGGCCUAUGCUAUGUUGACUGGUGAAGGGCAGCUUUAUACCUACAUGGUUCUCAUCUCUGAGACGACCACCCCUGGGAUCAAUUUGAGAUGGUACCUUGACACAGCUGGAAUGAAGAAGUCAAAAGCAUACCUCAUUAAUGGGGUUGUAAUAUUCUUCGCUUGGCUGGUAGCCAGAAUUCUUCUGUUCGUGUACUUGUUUUACCAUGUCUACUUGCACCUGGAUCAGGUUCUCAAGAUGCAUGCUUUCGGGCAAUUUUUAGUGUUCGUGGUUCCGUUGGUUUUAUCGGUGAUGAAUUUGAUGUGGUUCGCGAAAAUUGUCAAAGGACUGAAAAAGACACUGGCAAAGAGGCAGUGAAAAAAACACAAUCUUCCAUUGGGCCAACCAUUGUGAUAAAGGAAAAGGUAGUUAGAAAAAUAUCUUUCUUGGCCGUGCUUCUGCCACCUUUUGUACAUGUCGAAGUUGCAAAUUGUACAAUUUCAUGUUAAUAACAUAGAUAGCAAUCUAUAAGAAAAAAGAAAAAAAAAAUAGCAUAAUCAAA